CUCUUGACUUUUUUCACCAUCUGGCAGACAGUUUUAUUUCCACUUGAAGAGAGGGCUCAAGACUUGAAGACCCAGGUACACCUUUCGAGAACUGAGGAGCAGUGAAAUAAUGAUGCUAAAAGGGCAGGCGCAGUAGGAUCUGCUUGCUGAAUUAAAGAAGCUCCAUCGCCAUCCAUCUCCCAGCCACAGAAUUUCUUCACUUGGGAAUCAUCCUUUUUCAGCCAACUUUUGCCUCCAGUCAACACCUUUCCUGUUAUCUGCGGAGUCCCAGGAUGUUCAAGGAAUAUUUCCAGUACAAGGGGAUCAGUUUUCCUCAAAUUAUCUACUCAGGACAGGUGCUGCAGAUGGUGGAAAACAACUUCCAAGUUCGGGACGACGAUAUUUUCAAUGUCACCUACCAAAAAUCAGGGACCGUGUGGAUGCUGGAGAUUUUAAGCCUCAUCCGUAGCAAUGGUGACCCCAGCUGGUGCCGGACAGUCCCCAACUGGGACCGAGGGCCUUGGUACGAGACCGUGAUAGGAUACAGAAUAGCUUUGACCAACAAGUCACCACGCAUUAUCAGCUCCCACCUGCCGGCACAGCUCUUCGCAAAGUCCUUCUUCAAAUCCAAAGCCAAGGUCAUCUACACAGUCAGGAAUCCCAAAGAUGUAUUGGUAUCCCUCUAUCAUUUUGCUUCCAUGUUUCGUCCCUAUAAAGACCCCGGCACCUUGGACCAAUUUCUGGAGGGCUUCCUAAAGGGAGAUGUGCCUUUUGGAUCCUGGUUUGACCACGUUAAAGGCUGGCUGAACUUGAAGGACAAGGAAAACUUCUUCUUCAUCACAUACGAGGAGCUGCAAGAGGACCUGCGAGGAAGCGUAGUCCGAAUUUGCCAGUUCCUGGGCAAGGACUUAGACGAUGCAGCCAUAGACUCAGUGGUGGCGAAUGCCUCCUUCGAGGCCAUGAAAAGCAACAAGAUGUCGAAUUUCUCCCUCUCGCCCCGCUUCCUCAUGAACCAGAAGAAAAGUGCUUUCCUCCGCAAAGGGAUAUCCGGUGACUGGAAGAACCAUUUGACCACCGCGCAGAGUGAAUGUUUUGACCAGGUCUACCAGGAACGCCUACGAGACUUAAACGUCACUUUUCCGUGGGACAAAGAAUGAAUCUGGCCUUCCCCGCUGACUCUCUCCAACACCGGACUGAUUUAAUAUCUCAAUGGGAUACCAAUGGUGUCUCAGCACAACACGCUGUAGAUUAGUGGGGACAUCUGGGGUGGGCCAGAACUCCUGGAACCGUGGGAGGAGAAUGGGGUGUAGUGAGAACUGGAGUCAGGGCUCCAGGAAGGGAGUGAGCUGUGGCGGAUUAGAUUCCAGAGGUCACCCAACUAUGGCUCUUAAGCCCUGAGCAAUCAGGGCACAUGGCCAGGAAGGCGCAUGAUGCAGCAACCUUGCUGAAGCUAAGCAGGUCUGGGUGUGGUCAGCAGAAGACCACCUGAAUAGCCCUUUGUGCGAUGUCUUGAGUUCCAUGAUGGGAGAAAAGAUGUAUUGUAAUAAAAUAAACCAAUAUCCAAUGGU